AUGUAUGUUUGCUUCGCUGGUUGCAGGCAAGAGUUUUUAGAUGGAUGCAGACCAGUUAUUGGUGUUGAUGGGUGCAACGUAAAAGGUCCUUAUCCUGGCCAGAUUUUGAUAGCAGUUGGGGUGGAUGGCAACAAUGGCAAUUUCCCAAUUGCUUAUGCAGUUGUUGAGAUUGAAAGCAAACAAUUGUGGAUCCGGUUUCUUAGGUUGUUGAUUCAAGAUCUAAAGAUUACAAAUGAUUUGUCAUAUAUGUUCAUUAGUGACAAGCAAAAGAGACUUAUACUUGCGAUUGAGACUCUACUUCCAACUGCAAAGCCAAGAGCCACAACUAUGCCUUGGUGGGAAGCAAAAAUGGAAAAUAUGAAACAAGAGGAUGAAGAAGCGGGGAAAUGGCUCAGUCAGAGACUUGCAAAGAAUUGGAGCAGAUCUCACUUUAAUACACGGUUUAAGUGUGAUCUGUUGUUGAACAAUCUUUGUGAAAGUUUCAAUUCAGCAAUAAUAGAUGUAAGAGAUCAGUCCUUUUUGACUUGCUUGGAGAGGAUAAAAGUCCUUAUGAUGCUUAGGAUGUCAAAUAGAAGGGUUGCAUGUCCGAAAUGGAAACAUCCAGUUGGGCCAAGAAUCUUCAAGAUAAUUGAGAAGAACAAGUUAGAUGCCUCCACAUGCAUUCCUCGACUGGCUGGCUUGCAAACAUAUCAAGUGACCCACAUGUAUGGUGGAGAAUUUGUUAUGGAUCUUAGGGCAAGGACAUGUUCUUGUCGGAGGUGGGAUUUAUGUGGGUACCAUGUUGGCCAUGCAAUUUCUGCAAUUUUUCAAAGGGAUGAAAGCCUCAUUGAUUAUGUGGAUGAAUGUUAUAAGCCUGCAACUUAUAUGAAGUCAUAUGAACCAAUGAUUCACCCCAUCCCUUCAAUGUUUCAGUGGGCUAAAUAUGGGCAUCCUCCAAUACAACCCCCAAAUGUUAGGGCAAAUGCAUCUUCUGCCCAAAAAGAGGUCCACACUAAGGGAGGGGCAGUUAGAGUGGCAAGAGGUAUAAGAGGUUGGCCAAGAAGUAUGCUAAGAGAUAUGAGAAGAGUGGCUAGAGGAACAGGAAGAGCCAAUGAAGCUCCAGCUGUUGCAACUGAAGUUACUACUUCUUCACAACAAAGUUUGGCAAGGGGUGUGGGAAGAGGUUUGCCAAGAACUGUGAUCAGAGGUUUGGCAAGAGGAAGGGCAAAUAUACCAUUGUCACAGUCAGCUGCACCUACACAAGAGAGCUCAAAUCCAUCUUCAACUUCUGUCACUGCCCAACCUGGUUCCAUAUUCAAACUUCCAGCUAUUAAAAGGGGCACAUUCAAAUGGGCUGCUAUUAGAGGAGGAACAUUCAAAAGGACUACUAUUAGAGGAGGAACUUUCAAAAGGACUACAGAAGUUCUAUCACAACCAUAA